AUGUCAGCCGACGGCGUGGACCAGGACGCCGCCGACCGGCUGCAGGAGCUGGCUCUAGGCGGCGGCAGUGGAGGAGGAAGUGGUAAGGGAACCAAGAAAGGCGGCGGCAAGGGGAAGGGAAAGGGUGGAGGAGGAGGAGGUCAUGGCGGUCAUGGCCGCGAGGAGCAGAUCUCAAAGGCCCUGUCGACGCUGCUGCGGCACCAGGCGGCGAAUGUGGGGGUUACACUUGAUGGGGAGGGUUUUGCGCCGCUGGAUCAGGUGAUGCAAUGGCCGCGCCUCCGCAAUCUCAAGCCCACCGUGGCCGAGAUCCAGGCCGAGGUCGCCAACAGCGCGAAGCAGCGCUUCUCCAUCAAGCCGAGAUCCGACGGUGCCGGCGACGCCUCCUCGGACCCGGCGCACUGGCUCAUCCGCGCCAACCAGGGCCACAGCAUCGCGCUCGCGUCCGAAGGGCUGCACACGCCCAUCACGCUCGAGGCGGGCAACAUUCCCGACGUCGUCGUCCACGGCACGUACUUCGCCUUCUGGCCCGCGAUCGUCGCGUCCGGCGGGCUGAAGCGUAUGGGGCGGACGCACACGCACUUCGGCACCGGGCUGCCUGACGGGGAGGACGGAAAGGGACAGGGCCAGGUCCACGACGAGACCGACGAGAAGAAGGAGACCAAGGUCAUCAGCGGCAUGCGCGCCGACGCCGAAAUACUCAUCUUCGUGGACGUGGCGCAGAGCCUGCGGGAUGGCGGCGUCAAGUGGUGGCUCAGCGAGAACGGCGUCGUGCUGACGGAGGGGAAUGCGGACGGGGUCGUGCCGACGCGGUAUUUCACCGAGGUCAGGGGACGCAGGCAGGGCGUCGGGUUGUUGUGGAGGGACGGCGAGAAGGUGGCGGAUUUGCCGGAGGGCUUGGUGGUUAGGGUGCCGAUGGGUAAACAUAGGGGUGCUGGCGCUGGCGGGGAGAGGGGGCGCGGUGGACGCGGUGGGCAGGAAGGGGGAAGGGGUGGGAGGGGAUCGUGA